AUGGACUCUGCAAAGCGGAAGCGAGCCGCCAAAGCUUGCAAUUACUGUAGAAAGAGAAAGAGGAAAUGCGAUGGACGACAACCAGUCUGUACGCUUUGCGAAGAAGCCAACAACUCGGAAUGUGAAUAUCGUGAUGAAGGCAAUGAGAGCAAACGCAUCGCAAUCUCGGUAGACAGAGUCGAUGAAAUCUUUGACCGCCUUGAAUCUCUCGAAUCAACAUUCCAAUCCGCCUUAGCAAGACAACGAGAGAAAAGUCCAGUUCCAACACCAUACUCUAUCCCCAGACCUGCCGAGGCCAUCAGUCCAGAAGAUGGCAUUGCUGCAGCAUCAUCAGUUCACUCUACAGGUCCUGGGACACAAACAUCAUUAUCACAAUUUGCCAAUAACAAUGUCUUCAACACCACAAUGGACAUACCCCUGUCUCAUUCUUCGACGACAGGGAAUCUACUACGGUCAGCUCCCGCAAAGGCAUUGCUAGGUCAUUAUCCUCCUGAUCUGUUUUUGCAUAUCGAGUUACGACGCCCGGUUCCCGAAGGGUUGAGACUGAAUGCGACACCGGCUAGUCAAUUAGACAUUCCUUCGCUGUCCCCCAAUGAGACAGAUCAUCUCGUGCGCAACUACUUCCAACUGGUCCAUCGAUUCCACCCAAUUCUUGAUCAAAGGGCUUUCUACGAGCUGUACGAUCGCGUUCUUGAUCGGGGACCACAACCAGACCUUCCUUCAGCUUUGGUGCUUGUUGUGUUAGCUCUUGGUACUGUCGCGGCCGAGACACCAAACCGAAUGGACGCGUGUUGGAGCCCGGGAAUCCGAUUCUUCACACCAGCUGUACGACUACUUCUGACUGAGUCCCUGGGUUCCUUUGGCGGUGAUCCUCUUCUACCUCAGGCUUUGUAUCUGGCUGCCCUGUAUUACAGUUACUUGUCACGGCCUUUACUCGCAUGGCGUUUGGUACAUAUGGCUUCUACUGAUGUGCAACACUACUGGAUAAGGUCUGAGAAACUAUUACGAGACGGCCAAAACGGUUCUCAAGACCAGUCCAUCCUGCGAGUCUUUUGGGCUAUCCUCGUCCUCGAAUGUGACAUUCUCGCAGAGCAUCAUCUGCCUCGUAGCGGCAUAGAGAAAAUAGUCGACAAACUCCCCUACCCAUGGUCUGACGGCCCUUCUGAACCUUAUAUGCACCGCUGGCUGGCGGAUCUCUCAUCCCGCCGCCUCCUCAACAGAAUCCACUACGUGCUCUACGCCGAAGCAGAGCCAGGGACAGGAGACCCAGCAGACAGUUCUGAAGAAACAUUGUCCAGUCUCCCGAAUCUAGCCCACGAGUUAAAUCGCCAGCUGGGCGCUUGGUAUCAUCUCCUCCCUCAUAGUAUCCGACCAAACUUGGACAGCCCACCGAUCGGCAUUGACGAUACCAUGGUGUCUAUACGGUACCACACCACUGGAGACAUUAUCUAUAGACCGUUCUUGUACCAGAACAAUGGCUGUAGUGUUACUCCUCUCAUUCGCCGCUUUCUCAAGACUGGAUGCACUGAGAGUCCCAGAUUUGAACCAAUUGCAGGACAAAGGAAUCAGGAUCUGCGAGAGAUGGGCGUUUCCAGGAUCGAGUAUUGA